CGUUGGGCUAUAGAUGAAUGUAGCCUUCCUCCUGUGUUGAUCUAUUUUCUCUCUCUUCUUUCCUUGGGGACCUAUCACACAGAUGUAAAUGUUGCCAUUAGGAAAAUUGCCACUUUGUUGAAGCCCGACAAAGACAUCAGUCAUGAUGGUGACCAUGUUGUCAUCAAGACCCUCAGUACCUUUAAGAACUACAACAUGGAUUUCUCUGUUGGCAAGGAGUUUGAGGAGGAUCUGUCAGGGGUCGAUGACAGAAAAUGCAUGACAACUAUCUCAUGGGAGGGGGACAAGCUGUUGUGUGUUCAGAAGGGAGAGAAGGAUGGCCGAGGCUGGACCCAUUGGGUGGAGGGAGAUGCGCUUCAUCUGGGGCUGAGAGCAUGUGGAGCUAUGUGCAAACAGCUCUUCAAGAACACUUAAACCAGCCCUGGAACAACAGAACGGUAGCCCUUACCUGAGAGUGCAGAGAGACACGGACACAACCCCCAACCUGAGAGUGAAGAGAGACACGGACAAGACCCAAGCCUGUGACAGAGAACCACCUAUUGCACACAUCCGUCCAUCAAUCCAUCCUUUCAUCCAUCCUUCCUUAUUUCAUUCCAUUCUUUCACAUUUCAUUCCAUCAAGACUGUGGCCUUGACCCACCAAAGUCAAACUAUCCACAACAAGGGUGAUGUACAUGUAGCUUCCUAACAAAAAGGAAAACUGUUUAUUAUUAACCUCCAAACGAGCUUCAAUGCCAUGCAACACUCCUUCCGUGGUCUCCAACUGCUCUUAAACGCAAGUAAAACCAAAUGCAUGCUUUUCAACCGUUCGCUGCCCACACCCUACCGCCCAACUAGC